AUGAAUACCUCAAACUAUCACUCCAUCGAAACAUUAACUGGAACAAACUAUUCAAAGUGGAAACAAGAUUUGGCUAUUUCUCUAGGACUAUUGGAUUAUGACUUUGUCCUCAAAGAAAAUCCUCUUCAAGUACUUGAUGCAGAUGCUUUUGCAGAAUCUAAGGCUCGAUAUGUCAAAUGGGAAAAGACAAAUGGAAUGACUAUGUUGAUUAUGCAAAGGUCUAUGGCAUCUUCUGUCAAGAGAAGCAUUCCAAAGAUUGACAAUGCAAAAGAGUGCUAUGAGAACAUUGGUCAAAGAUUCAAAGUUUCUGAGAAAUCUGCCAAGAGCUCACUACUGAACAAGCUAACUGAUAUGAAAUAUGAUGGACAAGGGUGUGUGAGAGCUCACAUCAUGAAUAUGAUUGACAUUGGGGCAAAACUGCAGGAACUGAAUAUGACAGUGGAUGAAGACAUGAUGGUUCACUUUGCCUUGAAUUCACUGCCUAAGGAAUUCAAAAUCUCUUCGAAAUACCUAUAUAGCACAGAAAGAAAGUUGGAUACUCAAUGA